CCCGGUGCAAUCCGCGCAAGCAACAGCUGCCGACCACGCUGUCGGCAGCGACUCCACCCGGCAGUGGCCGCUCUCCACCACGCCACCGCACCAGUAUAUGGCAACCCAGCUCGAGCGCGACAAGCACGCUCGCUACCUGCUGCACUGCCUUCGUGAGGUGCCCCAGCCGUACGCCGCGCUCGACACUAGCCGGCUCUCGCUCGCAUACUUUUGCGUCGCCGGCCUCGACGUGCUUGCGCACUUGGGGAAGAUAGACGCGCCGCUCCGGGCGGGCAUCGUGGAGUGGAUCUACUCGCUCCAGGUGCUGCCGCCCUCGGACGGCUGCGCCGGCCUGCCUGCAGACCGGCUGGGUGGCUUCCGCGGGUCGGGGUACCUCGGCGCCGCCCACUCGUCGGGAGGCGCGCCCUCGAGCAGCCCGUACGACGGCGCGCACCUCGCGAUGACCUACACGGCGCUCGCGGUGCUGCUCACGCUCGGCGACGACCUCUCGCGCGUCGAUGGGCCGCGUGUGCUCGCGUUUGUCAGCUCGCUGCAGGACGAGGCGGGCUGCUUCUCCGCCUACCCGGGCGGCGAGCGCGACAUGCGCUUCCUCUUCUGCGCGGCGGCGGUCGUCGCGAUGCUGCGCGGCGGUGCCGUGCCUCCGAGCAGCGGCAUCGACGUCGAGCGGGCGACGCGGUACGUCCUCGAGUCGCGCGGGUUCGACGGCGGCUUCGGGCUCGGACCUGGGCAGGAGUCGCACGGCGGAUCCACUUUCACCGGUCUCGCCGCCCUCGCGCUGAUGGGGACCCUUCGCCGCUUGCCGCAGCCGCAGAGGACGGUGCGGUGGUGCGUCGAGCGGCAGGUGGGGGGCUUCCAGGGCCGGCCAAACAAGGACGAGGACACGUGCUACUCCUUCUGGAUCGGCGGCUCCCUCGCGCUACUCGGCGCGGCGACCCUGCUGCAGCGGGCCGCGCUGAGCGCAUUCUGCCUCUCGUGCCAGUUUGCGCACCCGACGUUUGGCGGGAUCGCAAAGCACCCGGACACGCGGCCGGACCUGCUCCACACCCACUACGCCCUCUGCGGCCUGUCUCUCGCCGGCGCCGCCGGGCUGGCGCCCCUCGAGCCGCGGCUGGGCAUCACUGCGCGGGCGGCUGCGCGAGCGCGCGGCUGCGAGGCGGAGGGCGAGUGCCAGACUUGCGAAGAGGAGACGACGGUGUGGGACGGAUCGCUGCGUGAGCCGGGAUGAGAGCAUCAUGAUCAUGGCUGUAGCAUGUUUCGAGGCUCCGUACCAGUCAGGUACUCGCUC